UGUAUUUUGUAAGUUUUUUGAGGGGAAUAUGUCAAAAUGUAAAAUUUAAAAAUGUUCAAACCAGUCAUGUUUUUGGAUUUCAAGGAAAGCUUUAUUUAAGAUUUCAUAGAUUUGAUUCGUAUCUUGUUUUUCUAAAAACAAGACUGUUUUUAAAUUAAUUCUAUUUUUUAAGUUUAUUUUAAACUUCUCUAUAAAGCUAAUUUUUCACUUGCCUUUAUACCUCUGUAUACAAAUAAUCUUUAAUGGGGAAUUGUUUACAAUUUUUACGCCGACGAGUGGCUGGUGAUGAUUUUACUCGUUUAGAUAAUCUUUCUACAAAUACGGGUUCAGGGAGUGGAAGACGAACACAUUCUUCACGUGGUUCUUCUGGGGGUAUUUCCUCAUCAUCGGCUUCAAGUGGUUCUGAAAGGAGUCGUCUACAUCGAAACAUGCAGACGAGCUCUUAUGUCAACCAGCUUUACAUGAAUUCUGCCUUUGGAACUGGCGGCGAUGAAGCAAAUGCGGCGGAAAUGAAAGCUUUAGAUGAAAAACGAAAGGCCCGCGUCCGCUGCCUUCUAGAGCAAAUUCCGGUUGAUAUGUUUAUUGAAGACGGAAAGGGAGACACGGAAUGUGCAAUUUGUAUGGGUGAUUUCCAACCUGGAGAUCCUAUUCGAUUCUUGCCUUGUUUGCAUUCUUACCAUUUGCAGUGUAUUGAUAAUUGGCUUCUUCGUUCAUUUACCUGUCCAUCUUGCAUGGAACCUGUUGAUUCUGCAUUACUUUCUGCAUUUACUCAUACUUCUGGAAGUGGUAUAUUUGAUUUGUCUUCACUUUCAACAACGCCAUCAACUACAACAACAUUAACAAAUAAAUCCGACAAGGUCUCGAAAAAAUUCAAAUAA